AUACUGGUCCAGUCUGCCACCGGUUUAGUAUGUAGUACAGGGUGCGCGAAUUGCCAUAUAUAUAUAUAAACAUCACCAACGGCUUGCAUUGCUUCUAGUGGCUAGGUAGUUUUAGUGUUUCUCGAUUCUAGACAAAACUCAUCAGCGAAAUAAGUGAUAAUUAGUCGUAAACUCUUGCAUCAUGAAGGCCGCAAUCAUUCUUAGUGCAUUAUUCAUAAUGUGUGUACUUGGUGUGCCACAAGGUCCCGUUACGGAACCAAUACCUAUCAUCCGGCUGGAGCAAGAAGUGAAUCCCGAUGGUACAUACCGGUGGAGCUAUGAAACUGGUAAUGGAAUAAAAGCAGAAGAACAAGGUUUUCUCAAAAAUCCUGGUACUCAACAGGAAGCGCAGGUGGCGCAAGGCGAAUACUCCUACACUGCACCGGAUGGUCAGCUGAUUAGGGUGCAGUACAUUGCCGAUGAGAACGGUUUCCAGCCGAUCGGUGAUCAUCUUCCCACGCCGCCACCCAUUCCACCGGCGAUCCAGCGUGCACUCGAGUAUCUUGCCAGCCAGCCGCCAAGUGACGACGUCUCGAGAAGGUUUUAGCCGUAUCAUCGCAUCGGAAGAGAACUGCCGGAUGGCAGAAGCACUUAGAAGUGUUCAACUCGUGACACCCAUCAUAGUCACGAUUUAUUUUUGCACCACUUCGGGCACUGGGUUCACACCCUUCGCCGCCAUAAUCGGUUGGUUUACAACUCUCAGACCAAUCGAUGUUUUUUAGACUUAGCAAAAGUGAGAAUGACAAUAAAUCAGAUCGAAUGACAAUAAAUCAGAUCGAAAAUGA